CCGAUCGGCACACGUAUUUCCUUAGGACUGUUUUCUAAAUUAGCAUAUUAUAUGUUAAGUAAAACUUGAGACAUUCUCUUGCUAAAAGUAUUUUAAAACACCUGCUUUCAACUGUCUAAAUUGCUUAAAUGGUGAAAUGAUGAGCAAGCUUGACUUGUGGUUUAAAAUAUUUUUAGCCAGAGAAUGACUUAAAUUAUGUUCUACUAUGAUCUAUCCUGGCUGCAGUGUCUUGGCAUUUUCAAAGUUAUGCUAGUUUGGUAUUGUGUCUCACAGGAAGAUUUGAAUAUACAGAUGCCUAUAAAUUUUUUAACAGAGCCUAGAAUGAGGUCCAGAUUGAGGGCUAUGUUAUUUGUAAUAUCCCUUUAAGGAGAACAUUAUCUUUUAGACUCAUCUGCAACACUCAUCGGUGAAGCAAAAGAUUGCCACGUCACAGAGAAGGCUACUUCCAAGACAACGAAAACUUCCAAGAACUCUGGGAAAACAAACCACAAUAAGAAAAGUCCAAGUAAAAGUUCAUCUUCAAAGGAUGUGCAUGUUGGAAACAAUCUUUCUUUUUCAGGGAGCAUGGCAAAUAUAUCAACACCUUCUUCAUCAGAUUUAGUAGCAAGAACUUUAUGCACAGGAGUUAGCAUUUCACCUUUUUUGGCAAAGAGUAGCGGAGGCUAUGUUGGUCAAAACCCUUAUAAAGUUUCGCAUCAAAUGGCUCCCAUGCAGCCAGUAACCAUGGCAAUUCAGCAUGUUCCUAAAAUAGAUAAAGUGUUUACAUGUAGUUACCAACAGAAUGUGUUGAACAGUGUUAGUAAUUCAGGUGUAGCUGUGAUUGACUCUGUGAAAGACCUCUCCCUUGGACCUCAAAGGAAGGUUGCAACAUCUGUCGUGAGUUCUUUCAAUCAGCCCAGGUCAGCUCCUGGCUUUAUUAAGCAACAGAAUGUUCACACUAGAUUGCCGCAGAAUCCACUGCCAUACCAAGCAAUCCAGAAGGUUAUCUUCCCAAGUGCAAACAUCGCCUCCCAAGCCGAGCAAAGGGGGCCAUCUUUUCAAAGUUUGAUGUUGUCAAGUUCAUCAACACCACCAACAACUGGAGGAAACCUUUCAACUGUUGUAGGAAUGGCACACCAAAGUCAAAUGAGUUUUCCUGUCACAAACUUUAGCCAGGCAUUUUCACUGCCAACUAGUUGUCAGAUUACGACUACACAGAUGUCUGCACCAGAUCCUCAAACAAGUCAGCAGGUUGUCUUGUCACAGCACUGGUCAAACCAGAUUGUGCCAGGAAGACUGCAAGCUCCAACAAUGCAGGAUGACUUCUUGCUCCAGAUGCUUCAGGAGAACAAAGAACCCCCAGUUCAGCUUGGAGCCCAGUCUCAAGCAAACAGCGCAUUGCCCAGUUUAGAUCACGUGAUAACUGACCCAGCCUGGGCGAUGACCAUUGGCAUGUGACCAUAGCAGGCAUGGCUGCAUGGCUGACUCGCCCACCUUUUUCAAGUAGUGUCUCUCUGCUUUCCUCUUUUUCUACGAUUUGCAUUUUCAUAGAAUUCUUUUAAACAGAAAUUUCUUUUUAAAUAACCGUUUUUUUUUUUAUAAUACCUCAAAAGGUGUUUUUAAAGGUUAUUACGUCAACAAAUUUUUACUGAUUUACAGCAACUUGGAACUAGACAAAAUAUUUUCUUACUAACAGACAUUAAGUCUUACCUUUUUCCUUGAUGUUUUAAAAACAAAACCCAAAGAAACCAACUCAAAGUAUUCAAGGUUAUCUUCUUAGACCAAUCAACUUGUUAGAAACAUUUCUUUGCCUCCAAAAAAGGAGUUAUUGACGCACCAAGUGACGUCACCAACUCCUUGGCUUAUAAUUGAUGUAGUUAGGAUUUUAUACCUUGUAGGAUUGUACCAAAUCGAACGGUUACCCGGGCUCGUGUUCUCAUUGGUGUGCCUUAUUUUAAAAUUUUCUUGAUUUCCUUUUUUGUUUUACUUUAUUUACGAUAGCCGCCGUGUUUGUUUUGACGUGAUAAUUUUGCGCAUGAUUUCUGAGGGGGCAAAUAAGUUAAAAUCAGCAAAUUUUACCUGGUUUCUAUUAUUUCAGAUAAUAUCAACGUAGCAGAAUGGAAUCAGCACUCCAUAAUUUGGCUCUCAAAAAAGAUUUUGACAGAAAUGCCUCACUAUUGGGACAAGGCAAUUUUCCGAGAACUGUCUUUUUUCCAACGUUAUCCCCCUGCGAGACCGCAUGGCUAAUUAGCACGAUAACUUGAAAAACAUUAUGGCGGCUAUUGUGAAUAUGGUCAGGAGAGGAUGAAGAGUGAGAGAGUGUUUAUCCCCAUAUAAGGCUUAUUCCCAAGGUAAUCCUUCUCAAGUUAUUGUUAUACAUGGUACCCAGUUCUUCAGCAGAUAUUGUUACCACGCGUGUUGCGUGGAUGUUUUCGUGCAGGAUUAAAACGCGUGUAAAGCCGCUUGGACUGCCCACGUGAGCAAAAUCCGCAUCACAUGAUUGGAUGUUUUCUAGACCCCCUUGGGAUGACUGGGAGUGGUCUGAAAUAAUCUGAAAAGGAUUACUUUAGGAGUAAGGCGCAUAUGGGGAAUUAAUUGUUAUCCUUCGUCCUCUCUUGAUAAGGUCUUGUGGUUUGUUUUUGUCGCGGCUGUCUUUAUCGUGUCUGCCAUCUUUAUUGUGUCUUUUAUGUGUCUGCAAUUCACAGCUAGGCUUCUUAUUUGUAUUUCAAAGUAACACUCUUUUUCCUCAGCAGUGCUUUUGCUUGCCUGCGAGAUGCGCUCUUUGCUAAGCUCAUCAUGGACAAUGGCAAAAUGCUGAAGGAAGAUAUAUUGAAAUAAUAAAUUUCCAAACAUAAAAAUAUGAAGUUUUUUCAUCCUUUUAAUCGUCAACGUUCCUUCAGUUGGUGGCCUACUACUAAUCUACUAGUCGUUUAAAACUUUUAAGUUGAAAGUAAAUUAUUCAAAUAUCCUUCAUAGACAUAGCGGCCGCCAUUUUGCUAACAACCGCACACUCGCAAUCUACAACAGAAGAGAUACAUAGUAACGUAGCCAAUCAGAGAACGACAUUCGAGAUAGAACGCUAGUAGAUUCAUACUAAAAGGUUUCAUACUCGUCCAUAGCCCUGUGUAAUGCCUGAGAUUUUAGGUGUUUAAAAACCUACUCAAACAUUUAAAAUUUGUUUCUUGUUAGUGUCUUUGCAUCACCGUUUGCCCAAACCGUAUAUCUACAGGAGAAAGUGAAGACUUGCAAGGGGAAAUUUCAGUGAUGUUAGUCGCACUUGUUUGAUUGCUUGCUUUUGUGGUUGGAAGCGGCCAUAGCUAUAGGAACAUAUGAUUGGCUGUCGGUAUUCCAAUCGUAGCAAACUCGUGCUCCGUCAAAGGAAGGCCGCUUUUUUCACUAUUCGGGAAACCUGGGACCGAGGAGGUUUUGCUUCUUUCGGUCACGUGAAACCAAGAAGACAAAGGAGCUCUGGGUAAAAGAAUGCGCGAUAGCAAAAUGCAUGGAAAACGAAAAACGGACAACAGAAUCCUGCGUCGGUUUUCAGACCGCAAUUUAAAACCGUCAAAAAAAAACCUCACAGCAUAUAAUAAUAAUAAUAAUAUGAUAUAAUAUACAGUAGAUUGCUUACCAUUCAGCCAGAAAAUCCGGAAAUUCCGGUUGAAAGUCAAAGGGAACUGUAAUUUUUAAGAAAAUCUGUUCGGAAAUUGUUGACUACCUCCAGAGAUGAUCUUCCUUACCAUUUGCUAAAUUUUCCAGUUUCCAGUCUCUCAUCAGCCGAAACAAUUACGGGAAAUCGAGUUGUAAAUGGUAAGCGCCAUCUCGUUCGGUUGGUUUGCUGAUUUGGAAAAAAAGCAUUGCCAUUAUUCAACGGUGAUCCCAAACGGUUCAUUCUGAGAGUUGGUAAGCACCCAUAAACUCAACCAAACACUUUUCUGUUUCAUAUUUUAUUUCUCCAUUAUUUUCCUGUUCAUCGCUUUCAGUGGGUGGCCCACAAAAAGGACUAGCUGAAAGUAUGACAUGUUAAACUCUCUUUUGAUCUGCCAGCAAAUCUGAGAGGUGAAAAUUGCGUGCUGUCAGAAAUCGCACUCUCACCCUCUCUCACGCACGCAAACUUGUGAAACUGUUUAACUUCUAAGUGACACCUAUCGUAGAAUCUGGCUCGUACCUUAGUCCACUUUCAAAUGUUUUCUUUGCAUUUCUCACUUUCGCGUGGCAAAGCGCAAUUUGGUGUUUUUAACUUCCGUGACUUCAGAUUUAUCAGUGACAUCUUUCACCGUAAGCGCGGCCAGAUUUCAAAUAAUGACAGGUCGAAUACAUUGAACAUCACAGUCACAACUUAGAGUCGUUUUGUCUUUUUAAGGCAUGUUGCAGGUGUAAUGUUGAUACUUCACUCUGAAGAAUAGACUCACAAAUAGCAUGCUUCCAUUAUCCUAAUGAACACUGAUUUAAACCCGCCGUGAAACUUGGGGACAAAAGAUUGUAUCAAGGGACUCUGCACGAUUUGAGAAACCUACUGAAAUCAGUGACUGAGAACCUAGUUUAUUGGCAAAAUUUUGAUUCGCUGGAAUCAAAACUAUUAUCUAUACCGUGCAUUUUGUUUUAUAAACUCCACCUCGGAGAUUUCUUUCUCAAUCUCUCAGCCUACUAUAAAUAGAAGUUCCUGGUAUAACGAAGGAACAAUGGUUCAGUUUAGCUGGCGUUCUUCGAACCGAAGAUCAACGCGAUCAGUGUUGAAGUCACCUUGCUUAUAGAAGUUAAUCUAUGAUUUCCAUUGUGUACCGCAUUUUAUUGUGUACUAAGAAAGGAUUUCAUGUUUGUCCUUUUCAAAGUAACAUUUUCUGUUGCCAUGUGAAAAGUCAGUGAUUCCUCUUUGUUCUUUUUCGAUGUGAUUUCGCUUUGUUCGGGGGCGGCCAAGCACAUUUUUUUGUCCAUUUUACAGAGCAUAAGAGGUGCUAAUUGACUGCACCUGCCGGUUACCUCAAAAUAUUGGAAUAACUGCAUCGAGGAAAACUUCCCCCUUUCAUGGGAUUUCCGCUGUACCAGUCAUCCUGAAUACAAGGACAAAACACCCAGCGGUGGAAAAGAAACCAUUUUGGGUUUCUAGCUUACGAGCAUCGCUUCGCGAACUAAUUGAACAAACAAGAUUAACCAGUUGGCCAGUUUACCUUUUUUAAAAUGCAGUUGUAAACAAUCAAUCUUUCCUUGUUAUUGCUCUUCUGUUUUUGUUUUUUCAACUGCCUAACGUUUAAUAAAUGUCCUGCUACGUAGUCCAUGUGCUUGUUUUCGAUAUAGUUUUCCUUUUUAUCAUGUUAAUUUUUUGUGCUAAACAUGCGGAGCCUAACAACAUUAUCUCAGUUCAGGAACAAGGAAGCCGUUUCAUUCGACGGGCUGUUAUUUAAACUGAAAAAAUAAAACGGCAAAAGAGCGUUUGAGAUAUUUGUCUUGAAAAGCGCGAAACAAAAGCUUAAUUUAAGGUCGCCGUUUUCCAGGUGAAUUAAAAAAAGCGUGUGCAAUACAGAGCAACGGCUAGAAUUUACAAAAACAGGUAUCAAACAACGCAGGCUUUUGAUGCAAGCAGCGCAGCCCCUUUUUCCCCGUGGAUCCUCCGUAAUGCUAAUAUGGAUACUGCCGACAUAUGGAAUUUUUCAUUUCGAAACAUCUGCCUUCAAAGCAUAAUAUUAUAGCGACUUUAUUGUUGUGUUUUGAAAAGGCACAUUAUUGACCUAUUUUCCUGUAUGCCUUUGUCUUGCCAUUCUUUAAGCUUGUUUUUCGCUUGAACAACCGCCAUUAAAAAUUUACCUUUAGUUCCUCACUGACUAUAAACCGAUGACUAUCGAAAAUGGUGCAUUUUUUUUGUUCAAGAAGUCAUUGCGUAUACUCGAUACUUUUGUCAAUCAGCCGACACCACAGAUCGACGCGAAAUUUCGUUGUUCCUUAAUUUUUCGUCGAUAUAUGAUUAACGAACUAAACAAAGACGCUAUGUUGCUAAACACUCGUUAAGGACUGACACUUGACUGUUAAGGCUGUUAAAAGUACAUUUUAAUAAUUUGUUGAAGUAAUGUUGAGAAAACCACUCCUGAAAUUUAAGAUCAACUUUGAAGGUAGACAACGUCUUGAGCGACUAAAUGAUGUAGGUAAAAUCAAAGUACAAAAAAAAAUUCCGUGAAACCCUUCGUGAUUAUGAAUAGAUUAUCGUUGAAUGACACAACCUUACAAGUAAUAUGCGAAAAAGGUACGAAAUGCUCUUUGACUAUUGCAUUUUUUGUCGGCUUCGAUUUUUUUUUAACAUGCGGUCUAAAUUUAUUUCGUGGGUGUAAAUAACUUGAAAGAGUGUGAGCUUCUGUUUUAUAUGUGGGACAGAGUUUGAGAAAAGCCAUUAAAGCAAGAGCUAAACAUACAAAAUACCACCUGCCGAACGCAAUUUACACUUGGCUGCUUGUCCGAAUUUUGAUCGUUAAAAAUAAUUAGGAAACCCACCGCGUUUAGCUUUCGCUUGGAAUUUUGGUGGUCGAAAAUCCUUUCCGUCUCAAAUAGCAGUAAAUUUCCCUCAAAGUUGAGUUGAAAUGGGCUUUUUCUUAAUUCUCCAAUAACGCAAAUAACUGUAGAACGGCAAGCAAGAUGAACAACUGUCUGUCACCUUGAUCCAACUUGCUUAUUUGUCUCGGUGUGUGUGUAGAAUUAACAAAAAUAUUGGAGUGCAGGUAGAGUCAAAGUUUGUCUUUACAACAGUGUAUAAGAGUGUUUAAUAGUGGUCUUACUGAGGAGGGCAGAAAAAAUAUGUCUGCUGUGCUGGAAUGGAUAAAUAACUUUAUUUUCGUAUCAAGUGCGCAGCAAAAACAACAAACAGCAAAUAACCCAGCAAAAAAAACAUGCUAACGGGCAGUCACUUGACUUUGACAAAAGUUAACGACAUACUCGAUUUUUGAGUGGUGAAGAACUGCGAACACCUGCCAAAGUCUGUUCUCUGAAAGCUAAAAUACCCGACACAAACACACAAUUUAUUCAGCUUAGAAAUGACAGCACCCUUGAGCUGAAAGCUUUGACAAGAUGCAAAUGGGACACGGUUUUAAUUUUGGUAUACUGCUAAAAUUCAAUUUGCAACAGAAUAACGCGCGAACUCGCCUGCGGACAGUCGUGUGCGAAUAUUUGCUAAAAACGCGGGCUAUUAUUUUCUGCUCGUCCAUUUAGUUUAAAUCUUUUUCAACCAUCAUCUCUCGUUGUCCGAAGCGCCGAGUUAUUUUUAACCACAAAAUAAUCAUCCAGCUAAAAGUCUACGAUGCAUUGUCUUAAUUCAAUGAUGUCUACUAGUUUUAGCGAUAAACACAAACCAUCGUGGUACCAUAAUUUCUUAAACUGCAGAAAUAGUUUUGACAGUUCAGUUUCAUCGAGUGCCUGGCGUUAUUUUGGGAGAAUUUUAAUAACAUAUCUUCCAAUUAACUACAGACCAUCUAUUGAAAGAGAAAGCGAUAACAUACGACGCAUAAAAAAAUUGACGAUUUGAAGAUAAAAUCUUUUCCCCGUUCUUACAAUUUUAAGCCUCUGCAUGCACGAAAAAACAACGCUUUUAGAAUGUUUUACUUUGUCUUUAGAAAGAGCAUUUUCCUUGUUUCUUUCUCUCAACUGGACCUAAACUGCGCGCAAAAGGUGAACUUGUUAAUAAAAACCAUGUAAUGAAAAAUUGAUGAGACAGGCCUUUUUACAUCUCCACCUCGUGGUAUGAUAACUCUGUUUAGCGAAUUGUUUUGAUUUCCUUUUGUUCGGAUAAACCUCCUAAUCGCUUCUGCCGCUUGAAAGAUUAAAGAAAUAGCAUUCUUAAUGUCACAAAUAAUUUUGAGCGUUUAUUUUCCUUAAAGAAACAAAAUACCGUAUUUAUUUUGGGACAAUCGUGUGCGCGUUUGAAAACUGCUUUAAACCUUGCGGUUGGGCAAAUGGCAUACUCCUUAAAAAAUAAUUACGGCUCUGAAAAAAGCUUAAACAAAGCAGUGAUAAACUUGUGAUGGCCAUUUGAUAAGACAUGUCUGUGUUCGCAAGCAGCUGUACACAUGCCGCAGCCAAACUGCGUCUCCAAAAUUUGUGCGAAUUCACUUUUAUUUGGAUAUCAAAAUAU